AUGUCAAAUCUCAGACCCAUAAUCACGAUUUGUGGGACCACGGGCGUCGGAAAGUCCAAGCUGUCCAUCGAGCUGGCUCUCAAGAUUGCUCAAGGAAUACACGGAUGGAGAGGCGCGAGGAUCAUCAACGCCGACUCCAUGCAAGUAUACACUGGGAUGGACGUGAUCACGAACAAAGUCCCAGUCGCGGAAAGAAUGGGAGUCGAGCACCUUCUCAUGGACUUCAAGCAGCCUGGGGAGCAGUACGUUGUGGGCCAGUGGGUCCAAGACGCUAUCAAGGCGAUCGACGAGACGCACCGGAUGGACAUGAUACCGAUUAUUGUCGGCGGUACAUCUUAUUGGAUCCAACAUCUCAUGUUUCCGAAUCGGCUGCCCACUCCAGGGCAAACGUUAUCGGAUUCCGUCACGCAGUCCAUUGCCAACUUACCUCCCGAACUCCUCGAGCUAUUCAAUGCGCUUCCAGAGCAUCCUCCAUCCGCAGCGUCUCACCCUCAGGAUGCGAUGUUGCUGCACAGACUUCUCACUGCGCUCGACGAACCAGUCGCUCAGCGAUGGCAUUGGAGAGAUACGCGCAAAGUGAUGGGAAGCCUUCGUGUGAUCAAAGACACCGGGAUGGCCCCGAGCGAAAUUAUCAUCGAGCAGUCUAAAACGGCGUUGAUUCCGAGGUAUCGAACCCUGUGUUUCUGGCUCUAUGCCGAGCCUUCCAUCUUGAAUGAGCGCUUGGAUGCAAGGGUAGACGACAUGAUCAAGGUCAGGAAGGUCUUGAUCGAUCGAUCGCUUACUGACAGGCUCACUGAUUAUACUAUCGGCAUCUAUCAGUCUAUCGGUGAAUUUCGUCCGGUUUUUUUCUACGACACCUACUUACAAGACUUAGGAUAUAAAGAGUUUCAUGACUAUCUCGCUUCUGCAGAGCCCUCCGAGAAGGUUUUUGCGUCCGCUGUGGAGCAAAUGAAGUACGGGACGAGGCAAUAUUCGAAGCGUCAGAUACGGUGGUUGAAGAACAAGCUUCUUCCUGCUAUCUAUAGCGCGAAUGGAGGUGGCGAUCAUGCGGCUGCCCUCCUCCCGGUUUACCUUUUAGACGCCACUGAACUCGGCGACCAGUGGACAUCUCGUGUUCUCAACCAAGGCGAACGUAUCGUUGAAGCUUUCCUUGGCAAUGAGACAUUGGUCGAUCCCCUAUUACUGUCCGAAAGGGCGCGGGAGAUGCUGACGAUCGACGUCAAACCUACGAGUCCCACAGAAAUAUUGCGGGCGCGGAAGAAGGUGGUGUGCCCUGCGUGUACGCUUGAUCCGUCGCAGCCCUUCAUGGUCGAAGAUGGCUCUCAGUGGGAAGCCCAUCGACGGUCCCGCACUCAUAGACGACACGCUUCGAGAGAUAAGAAAAUGCAUGGACAGCCGGUCAACCGACGGGUUAUGGUCCAUAGCGACAUUCCCAGCAAGGUCGACGCUGAAGAUCAGCAUCGUUCUAUCGUAUAG